GAGCGCCACCAGCACCAACGAGAAAAAUACUUGGUGCAGCAGAAUCCGGAAAAAGAAAAGCAGGAACAUAAAAAAAAUAGAGAACAACAAAGAAUAGCAGCAAAAAUUAAUUGGAGGAAAAAGGGGUUUGCCCACCUUUACCAAAGUAAAAAUGAACAACUAAAAAACCUCCUCCUACAUGAUAUUUCAGAGCAUCAAGCUUUGAAUGAUAUAAAAAAAAUUGUAGCCAAAAGUAGAUACUACAGCAAUAAAAUAUCGGAAACAGAUAAUGAACUGCCAAUGAUAAAAGAAGAAAAAGGAUUCAACAUCCUCUUGAUGAUAACUGCAAUAAUUAUGUGGUGA